GACGGGGGCGGGGCCAGGGGCUGAGGCCGGAUGCUGCUGCGGGGGCUGGCGGGGGCGCGCCGGGGGCCCCCAAAGAGCCCCACGGGGACCCCCCGCCCCCACCCCGCCACCUCCUGCCGCCCCCGGGAGCGUUCGGACGCCACAGCAGAGGCUGGGGGCACCUCGGACAGCCCGGGAAGGGCCAGCAGGACAGCCACCCCUGAUGGGGACACGGGGGACCCUCGUGCAGCCCCCCCGGUGCCCCCCCCGCCCACCCACUGCUGCGGGACCGGCUGCCCCAACUGUGUCUGGGUGGGGUACGUGGAGCAGCUGCUGGAGCAGCACCGGGACGGCGGGGCCCAGGCCUUGGCGGCCGUGGAGCAGCACGUGGAGGACGAGAACAUCAAAAUGAUCCUCAGGAUGGAGAUCAGGCUGCGUGCCAGGAAGGACUGAGCCUUCCCCGGGCUCCCCAGAUCGGGGGGGACAGCCCUGGGGGGCCAGGAUCCGGGCCUGGGUGGUUUGGAGGGAUUGCUGUGCGCUGAGCGCGGCGUCCCGGGGGUGUCACGCGAGGCUGGGUCACCUCCUGCCUCAGAGGAGCUGUCCCUGGGGACAGGUGGUGACUCAGGGCUGUCCUGAGCCCCGGAUUUCCUGGGAGCUGGAUGCCGUGCCCUCCCCAGCAUGGCAAAUCCCUGCCAAGGGCAGGCUGGGCGGCCCCCCAGCCCUCCUCCUGCUCCUCCUUGAUCCCAGCUGGAAUUUAAGCACCUUGGGGGGAUUUUCAGCACCUUGGCCAUGCCCUGGUGAUGGGGAGGGCUGGGGGGGCUGGGCCAGACCCUCCCCAGUGACACCACAAAGCCUCUUAGGGGCCUCUCCGUGGGGGCUGGGGUGGGCAGCGUGUGGCACCGAGCACGUGGGAAGCUGCAGCCUCCUGUCAAGGACACUGUCCCUGUCCCUGGUGUCACAUCCUGCCGGGCUGCUCACUAAGGUGCCUUUUCUGCCUCCAUCUUCAAUCCCCAGAAACUUGUCCCAAAUCUCCCCCCUCCAUCCUGGGGGACUCACAGCCGUUGAGACCCACCCAGACCUCCCCAUGUCAUCCCAGGACAAGGUCCCCAGGAAGCCACCCAGCCCUGAGUGUCACUCACUAAUGAACUCAAAUUAACAGCCAGGUUCUGCUCUCUGCCAGGGAAAUAGGUGCUUCUCCAUGGAAAACACUCCUGGAUUCCUUUAAUCCUAUUUGUUGGAGCCCAACUAAUUGCAAUUAGUGGCAGGGGCUGAAGUUCAAUUAAAGUGUGCCGAGAUUA